GCCGCCGCCGCCGCCGUCGUCGCUGGUGCCGCAGGGGGAGCCGGCCCGGCCCGGCCCAUCUCCGUUCCCCCUCCCUUCCCUGAGCGUCUGCCUGGCUGGCUGGCCUGCCUGCCUGAGCAGCGGCGCGGAGAGAGAGAGGAGGGAGGCCGCGGCCUGUUUGGCGGUCUCUGCCAGCCCACCCAGCGGGGCCCAGGUGGGGUCUGCGGCUCCGUCCCAUCCCGUCGCCCGCCAUGACUUCCCUGACCCAGCGAAGCUCAGGCCUGGUGCAGCGCCGCACCGAGGCCUCUCGCAGUGCCGCCGCGGCCGACAAAGAGAGGGCGGCCGGCGGUGGCGGCGGCGGCGGCGGCGGGGCCGAGGAAGAAGGCCGGCGGGACGAGCAGGCCGAAGACGAGAAGGGCGACUCCAAGGAAACGCGCCUCACGCUCAUGGAAGAAGUGCUGCUGCUGGGCCUCAAGGACCGAGAGGGCUACACAUCAUUUUGGAAUGACUGCAUUUCCUCUGGUCUGCGUGGCUGCAUGUUAAUUGAAUUGGCACUGAGGGGGCGUCUUCAGCUUGAGGCAUUCGGAAUGAGACGCAAAAGUCUUCUAACAAGAAAGGUGAUCUGCAAAUCAGAUGCUCCUACAGGGGAUGUUCUACUUGACGAAGCUCUGAAGCACAUUAAGGAAACACAGCCUCCUGAAACAGUGCAGAACUGGAUAGAGCUGCUUAGUGGUGAGACAUGGAAUCCAUUAAAAUUGCACUACCAGUUAAGGAACGUACGUGAACGAUUAGCCAAAAACCUAGUGGAAAAGGGGGUUUUGACUACGGAGAAACAGAACUUUCUCCUUUUUGAUAUGACCACGCAUCCUCUCACCAACAACAACAUUAAGCAGCGCCUCAUCAAGAAAGUUCAAGAGGCUGUUCUUGACAGAUGGGUAAAUGAUCCCCACCGAAUGGACAAGCGUUUGUUGGCUCUCAUUUAUUUAGCCCAUGCUUCAGAUGUCCUUGAGAACGCUUUUGCUCCCCUUUUCGAUGAGCAGUAUGACCUAGCCACAAAGAGGGUGCGGCAGCUCCUGGAUUUAGAUCCUGAAGUUGAAUGUAUGAAGGCCAAUACAAAUGAGGUUCUGUGGGCUGUAGUAGCAGCCUUCACAAAAUAACUGUAAUCAGACUGCUCAAGUGUUCUUUCUCCCCAUUUCAUGUAAAUCAGUUUAUCCUCUAUUGAUGAUUCAUGUUUUCUGUCAUCUCUCUUCAUAUGGUGAAAAUCAGCUCUUGUUCAUGGGAAUGGUAGGUGGCGUGUUCUGUUUUCUUGUAUGUGUCUGCACGCGCACUACUACAGGAUUCUGCCGGUACAAGAGAUCUUCCUGUGCUUAAACAUAUUCAGCUGUCACACUGGCAUUCUAUUCUGUAUCAGAUUUAAGUUAUUUCCUUUGGUUUGUAUUGUACUCCCUUUUCUUCCAUUGGAACGGUUUCCUGCAGAAGACACCUCCUAGAAGGGAAACGAGUACCUGGUUUCCAGCUGAUUCAGCCAUAUGACCUGCUUCAGCAGUGCACCUGAGGUCAAAAUCAGAAAGACAUCUUGAAAUCACUUAAGCUGAUAAUCCACAGGUCUUGGAGUACAGUUUUAAUGGGCACUAUUAAAUCGUUCCGGCUUGUAUAAGAAUCUCACACAGAACCGACGGAAAUGGAGUAAGGAUUAGUGCAAAAACAAUGCCUGAUGACAGAUUUGUUCCUUCUUUCUUAUACAUUCAUCUGAAAGUGCUCAAACAAUGUUAAAAAUAGGAGUAUCUUCACAUUGGCUCAAUAAAUAGUUCAGCCAUCUCAUGCAUUUUGCUAGUCAUGCAAAUCUAUGUUUACUUUAUGUUUGUUUAACUAGCUUUGAAUCCACAGGCUAAUACAGAAAGGUCCAGUUGUUUCACAAAGCUGUGAUGGGAUACAUUCCAGUAUAGUCUGUAUUUACUAAGAACUGUAUAUUAACACACAAGCACAUUUUAGUAAUUUUCCAAAUUUGAAUCGGAUUUACACCCAGCGAUUGGUUAUCUACUUUCAGCCAUUGCCUACUGGUGAGAAGACAGGCCUCCUAUAAGAGUGUGCGUGUGUGUCUAUGAGACAUCUUUCUUUCUAGUGUCUCAAGUUUGUGCCAUCCUGGUACGAUCUGCCUAUGCAUUGCCUUUACAACAUUUGUUCUAUAACGCGACCACUUUUUUUUCUUUUUCUUUUUGGAAGAGGCUUGUGACCAGUACUGCUUUUGGGUGCAGUUUUCAAUUUUUGUUCAUACACAAGUUACUAUUGUGUCUCAUGUCAUUAAUCUACUUAACACUUAAAAAAUCAGUUGUCAAUCUUAGCAAGUGUUGCAUGUAAAUUGUUAGCAGGUGAUGAUUACAGUUCAACCAAUUAAGAUUUCUGUAGUAGGGAGCUCUACUAUGUUUUAAUUUUUAUAUACAAUUAUGCUGAUUAGCACAUUAUUGUAAAAUAUAUAAACUGGCUUUUUAAAGUUUAUUACUUCUUUACCAUUGCCUGUUCUAGCUCCAUUUACAAUGUAAAUAUUAUGCAUUGAACAAAAGAAAGACUUUUUUCUUUUUUCUUUUUCUUUCUUUUUUGUUUCAAAUAACAGAACACACUAAUAGUGGGGCAAGUGUUGAGAAACUUUUGGUUUAAGAUUGAAAGCAGAAAAUGCUAAAUGACGUAUAUAACUGUAGUUGAAAGUUAAAGGGAUCCCCAACUGUAUACUAGCUUUUUACCUACAGUAAAUAAACUAUGAUCUUGAAAGUG